AUGUCUACUUCCUACUACCAAUACCAGCCUACGGGCUCUCUACCGGUCAAUGUUCCAUCAAAGCAACCGCAACCACAGAUGCCAGCACGUCACAAUCGGUCCUCGUCUGGCUACAGCCAGUACUCGGUGUCGCCGCCUGAACGACCAGAGAGCGUUUCGACUUCCGGCGCUGGUCUGUACUCGAGUGCUUCGAGCCAGUACGCUGGCAGCGAUUACGACUCGUCGUCGGGAGGAGUUACCAGCGUGGAUCUGCUGGAAUACAUGAACGAUCGGCUUUCGCAGGCGUACAACCCCAUGCCACUGGAUCGAAAUAUGGUCAAGCAGGCACAAAUGUCCGGGGAGCUCAAUGCAAAGAACCGAGAACUGCUCGCUCUGCAGGCGCAGGCCAGAGCGCGACUGGCGAAGACGAGGGCGAACUUCUCCGAGGGCAUGAAGGCGGCGAAAGAUGUCCAGCGAGAUUUGGAGUGGACGCAAAAGAAGGUUCAGGCACUGAACGCUCGUGCAGCGCAAAAGUACCCAGAGCAAUACAGAGCUGCAAGAGAGCGGUAUCCCGCAGCGGACGACUACUGA